CGACGACAAAGCACCCCAACUCCCCACUCUCAUCAGACAGCCAUGGCCUCUCGUCUUGCAAGGAGCGCGGUCGGCGCCGCCCGUCUCCGCCCAUCGCUCCCUCUCCGCGCCCUGCCCUCCAUCGCCGUCCAGGUCCGCUAUCAGUCCAACCUGCCCCAGGAGGACCCCAAGAAGAAGGCCCAGUCCGUCCUCGACGCGAUACCCGUCCCCGGCAACAGCCCCCUCACCAAGGCCGCCGUCCUCUCCGCGGGAGCCGGUCUCAGUGUCGCCGCUAUCAGCAACGAGCUCUACGUCGUCAACGAGGAGUCUAUUGUCGCCCUCUCGCUCCUUACCAUCUUCUGGGCCGUUGCCAAGUACGCUGGACCUGCUUGGGGAGACUAUGCGCAACAGCAGGUCGACAAGAUCUCGGGUAUCUUGAACGCUGCCCGCCAGGACCACACCACCGCUGUCAAGCAGCGCAUCGAGAGCGUCCAGGACCUCGGCGGUGUCAUUGACAUCACCAAGACCCUGUUCGAGGUUUCCAAGGAGACCGCCCAGCUUGAGGCUCAGGCUUUCGAGCUCGAGCAGAAGACUGCCAUCGCCGCCGAGGCCAAGUCUGUCCUCGACUCGUGGGUCCGCUACGAGGGCCAGGUCAAGCAGAGGCAGCAGAAGGAGCUUGCCGAGUCCAUCAUCGCCAAGAUUGAGAAGGAGCUCGACAACCCCAAGACCCUCAAGCAAAUCCUUGACCAGAGCGUCACUGACAUUGAGAGGAUCGUUUCCCAGAAGGCAUAAGCGUCCUAUAGCAUCCACCAGUCAAGCCAUUCAAUGUUAUAUAAAUCUGUGCAAUAGUCAAGCUCGUCCAAUAUAGAGAGAGUACCCCAGGCUUGGGAAAAGGCCGAAAUUGAUCUUGUUCUGUCUCCUGAAAUCUUGUGUUUCGCCAAGCGAAAGAUGGUAGGGAUUUAGCAAAAUAUCGUUUGAACCUGUGUACUACAUGUCCCAAGGCGGGUUGAAGUAGCCUCCCCACUUGACUAAAUGUAUCCCUCACUUACCUCUAGUACCCUCGCACCCCAUACAAGGGGAGAACCGAACAGGUAUAGAGAUAACAACCCUUACCUUGCGGCUUACAAUAGCUUCUAAUAAGAAAACUUAUAAAGAUAAGUAUUAUCGUAGAC